GAACUACCGGUAGUCUGCUGUGUAAGUAAAUAAACAUUACAAGAACAACUUAUGAAAUCAUUAGUCUCUAAUUGAACCACAGCCUUAUAAAGUCUAUAAACAACUGAUAUUGAACUUAUUGACCCUACUAAUCUUUGGUCGACCUUUAAAGAUAAAGUGAUCAUAUAAAAUCAAAGCUUCUUCAGAUAAAUUUUCAACCUAUCAACAGGUUGUCGAAGUACAUAGUAUUGAAAUUGAAAGAUUCCUCAAUAAAAAUGAGAUUCCUCCUAGGAGUGAGUACAGUUUUUUUAUAUCUGCAUGGAAUCCAAUCAGCAUUCCCAAACUUCUAUCCGAAAUUGGAAAGCCCGCCUGCAUUAGAAUUUAGUGACAAUCCUGGUAAACCACUUAUCUUAACACCAUUAAUUGAAGAAAAUAAAAUCGAUGAUGCUCUUGCUGCCUCUGAAGUACAUUUCAAUGGAUUCAAGAACAAGAAAAGUUAUUCUGGGUAUUUUACAGUGAACAAACAAUUCAAUUCUAAUCUCUUUUUCUGGUUUUUCCCUUCUGAAAAUGAUUUUGCUAAUGCACCUGUUGUGCUGUGGUUACAAGGGGGACCUGGUGCAUCUUCGAUGAUUGGACUGUUUGCAGAAAAUGGUCCAUUCUCUGUGAAAACUAAAAAAGGGUUGAAAAUCAGGCAAUACUCCUGGACACAAACCCACUCUGUUAUCUAUAUUGAUAGUCCAGUAGGUACAGGAUUCAGUUUUACUAAUGAAGGUGGAUAUGCUCAAAACGAAACGCAAGUUGGUGAAGAAUUAUACAAUGCAUUGGAACAAUUUUUUUUGCUUUUCCCAAAGCUACAAAAUAAUCCUUUUUUUGUUACUGGAGAAUCUUACGGAGGAAAGUAUGUACCAGCUGUAUCAUAUGCUAUACACAAAAAUAAUCCAACUGGAAAGGUAAAAAUAAAUCUACAAGGACUUGCAAUUGGAAAUGGACUUAGUGAUCCUGUGAAUCAACUGAAAUAUGGUGAUUAUUUGUAUCAACUUGGAUUGAUAGAUACCCAAGCUCUUGCUCAAGUUAAGAAUUAUGAACAAGAAGGUGUCAAAUACAUACAAAAUAAAGAUUGGAUUAAUGCCUUCAAGUUGUUCGAUGAAUUACUAAAUGGAGAUCAGAAUAACCAUACUUCUUAUUUUAAGAAUGUCACAGGAUUUGAUAAUUAUUUUAAUUUUUUGUACCCUGUUGAAACUGAUAAAGAGUUUGAUUUAUUGGCUGCGUAUCUACAGAGAGACGAUGUUCAUGCUGCUAUACAUGUUGGAGAUGUAGUGUUUCAAGCAGAAAAUCCAAAAGUGGAACUUAAUUUAAUGGCUGAUGUUAUGCAAUCGGUAGCUCCAUGGGUUUCUGAAUUAUUGAACUAUUACAGAGUUUUGAUCUAUAAUGGACAGUUGGAUAUCAUUGUUGCAUAUCCUUUAACAGAGAAUUACUUGAAAAAUCUUCAGUUCAGUGCAGCAGAAGAAUAUAAAACUGCAAAACGUUCCAAAUGGUAUGUGGAAUCAGAACUUGCAGGAUAUGUGAAGCAAGCUGGAAAUUUAACUGAAAUAUUGGUGAGAAAUGCUGGCCAUAUGGUACCUCAUGAUCAACCUAAAUGGGCGUUUGAUUUAAUUAAUAGGUUUACCAGAAACAAACCUUUCAAUUCAGAAGCAUUCCCACUGGAGUAUACAUCGAAUCUGAUUAAUAUGACUGAUUAAUAAUAUUUAAGUGAUAAUUAUAAUUCAAUUUUUCAAUAUACAUAAUAAUGUUUAUACAUAUCACACUUGUAAAAAUUGAAUUGAAAAUAAAUUUCUCAUUUUAUGUCCAA